UAUGUUGCCCUUGCUUAUAUUGGAAAUUCCUCUUUAAAUUGGCACCUUAUUAUAUUGUACAAUCAAUUUACUCAUCACCAAUAUUACUUCCUCUACACUAUUAGUGAGCAUAUCUAUCCAACAAAAAAAAAGCAAGUGAGCAUCUUAUAAUGGGUAUUAAAGGGAAGUUGGAAGUUGAAGUAGAUAUAAAAUGUCAUGGUGAUAUAUUCCAUGAACUAUUUAGUAGCAAGCCACACCAUGUCUCCAACAUAACACCCUCAAAAAUUCAUGGUUGUGAUGUGCAUCACGGCGAAUUUGGCAAGCCUGGCUCUAUUAUUUUCUGGAAUUAUACCCUCGAUGGUAAAAAAUGUGUUGCAAAGGAGCUAGUGGAAGCAAUUGACGAGAAGAACAAGUUAGUGAGAUUCAAAAUCAUUGAAGGAGAUCUUCUAAAUGAGUUUAAUAGCUUCACUAUCAUUGUACAAGUGAUUCCAAAGGAUCAAAUAACUGCGGUUAUGUGGGCUAUCGAGUUUGAGAAGAAGCAUGAUGAAGGACACUACCCUACUAGAGUAAUGGACUUUUGCGUUGAGGUCACUCGAGAUAUCGAGGCUCAUCACCUCAAAGCAUGAUUAGCAGCCGAUGGGGCGCGCACAUACAUCUGCUAAAGUGCGUGUCAUAAACAUGUGUACGAGUAUGUAUCAUCUUCAUCUAUUGUAUCCAAUAAAAUGAUACAUUUUCGAUUGUAGAAAAUAUGAUGUGUUUCGAUGGGACUCGUGUGUCUACUUAAGAGUGUGCGAUAAAUGUAUGAUAUGAAUGUAUAUCUUUAUCGAUCGAUUGUUUGCAAUAAACUUCCGAGUGUAGAAAUUAUGAUGUAUUGAAUAACGUUGUAUACGGGAUAUAUCGGUAGUAUCAUAACAUGCCGGUAAAAGAGUGCCUUGCAGUUUAAAGAAA